CAGCUGGAGCCGGGUUUAAGGAAGCGUCUGUCCGCCUGCAGUCUGCUGUUGGUGCGUCUACGGAGAGAGCUAGAGGCGCGGUGUGAGCAGACAAGAAAACCCAAACAUCACGACGGCCGCGCCAAACACACGGACCACCAUAAAUAUGAGCGUAAAUCAUCGCAUCUGUCGUUUUGUGUUGUAAGCAGAUUCAACCAUGUGAUUGUGAAUGGAGGUCACAACUCUGAUCCACCUUCACUAGAAUGUACCUAAUGAACGCACCUCCUGUUGCAGUGACGCGCACAGAGUGGAGAACAUGUGGCACACCAGGAGGCUAUAGCCUUCCACUUUGCCUCAAUGACUCGGACAGUGACUUGUCCACCAGAGGCACACCUAUCUCAGACAAAGUCCAAAUGAUCAUUGAGAGCCUACGGAGCACUCAGUCCUCAGUUGAGAUGGGAGAUGAAAAAGAAGGGAAAGUGCUAUCAGGACAAGAUGGACAUCCUCAAGUCUGUAAGGUAGCAAUGGGGUCUUUUGUUGGAGCCAACUCCAAAGCCCAAGGCCCCAUUGUUAACCAGCUCAAGAGUCCUACAAUCUGUAACAAUAGCCAUGAUUCAGACAGUGAUGAUUCUGUGGACAGAGGAAUUGAAGAGGCUAUACUUGAAUAUCUAAAAGAAAAGGAUGGUCCUAAACAAAAGAGUGAAACAUGUUCAGAGGAUUUCCAGCCUUCAAAGAUUCCGAGAAGUCCUUCUCCUAUUCCUGGCAUAUCCCGUCUUAAUUCUGAAAGCUGUUCAUUUUUUACUUCAAGCAAAGAUUUACCAAAAAAUAUAAUAACAGAAAAGCUGAUUACACCUACCACAUAUCCGAUUAAAAAAUACAUCAAACACAAGGCUUCAGUUAUUGAAGGCUCAUUCACAAAGCAAGAAUCCAGCAAACCUCCAAGCAGGUCAGAUGUACCAAUAGAUCAGACUAACCACCCAUCUAAAUAUUUAAGUGAUCUUAUCAAGUUGAGCGCAAAUCCAAAAGAGGAUUCUGACUCCAGCAGUGAUGAUGGGAUUGAAGAGGCUAUUCAGAAGUUUCAAAUGGAGAAGAAUCUGCUAAACAAAACAGAGACUCAAAACACACAUACAUUAAGUGAGGACUCUGAUUCAACUAGUGAUGAUGGCAUUGAAGAAGCUAUUCGCCGCUAUCAGCUCGAGCAACUCAAGAAGAAAAGCAUCCUUAAACCCUUGUUCAACAAAGCUAAAAAAACUGUCAACAAAUUCACAACAAAGGAACACCAUGGACCUAACACAGGAAUCACAAAGAAACACAAGCUGAAAAAGAAAAGGAAUAAAAUGAAGAAGGAAGUGUUAUCUGGCAUGUCAAGCAAUACACUUUUAGACAGCAUUAAAGGAAAUGUACCGCACUCCUUUAAAAUUGAAGCUUUGAAGGGUCAAUCCACUCAUCCAAAGACUAAUACAACAGCAGAACUUAUGUGUGCUGAGGCAAUACUAGACAUUUCUAAAACUGUCAUGCCUGGAGCCUUUCAACAGGCUCCUGGUUUCAGCAACACUUCUUCACUUGAUGCUUGUGCACAGACUUCACCUCCUCACAUUAAACUAGAGGAUGAAAGUGAUGACAGUUCUAUUGACAGUGAAGAUGGCAUUGAGCAAGAAAUAAGGAGAUUUCUUGAGCAAAAAGCACAAAUGCAGAAACAGACAGUGGGCUCUGCUGUGGCUCCUACACCUAGUGAUGAAAAUGAAGAGGCUGUAAAAACAAAAAGUUCAAAGAAACCUGGAAGGCUGUCUUUAACAAAAAAAAGGAAACAAAAAACUGAAAAACUUAACUUUUGCACUAUGUCAGCUUUGAGUAAUGUCAAAGGCACAAUAUCUUUAGCAGACAGCAAUGAUGAAUCUACACCCCCAGCAAGUCCAAUAUCAAAACAACAAAGGAAAGAGCAAAGUGGAGACAAAAGCAGCUCACUUGACAGUGAUGAGGACCUUGACCUGGCAAUAAAAGAUCUUCUCAAAACCAAAAAGAAAUUAAAGAAAAAGACAAGAGACUUAAAGCGUAAACCAGAGAAAUGCAUUAAAAAGGAAAUGCAAGGAUCUGUUUCUCUGUCUAAAAAGUCAAAACCUGAUCCACUCAAACAAAGUAUUCUCAGACAGUCAGAAAAGACAAAUUAUGAACUGAGUUAUUCUACAUUGCCCAAGGACAAUAUUUCAGAAAAGACAUGCAACACUAGUCAAGAAUCUAACAUGAAAUCAGAAAGUGAAUCUUAUAAAGGAACUGAUUUGACCUUCUCACCACUGUCUAAACCUAUGAAAGAUGAAGACAGUUCUGUGGACAGUGACGACAGCAUCGAGUUAGAGAUUAGGAAGUUUCUCGCAGAAAAGGCCAAGGUUGCAACAUCAGAACACCAUAAAAACCAGACUGUAUCAACAAAUGGUAUUUCUCCAGUUUGUGCUGAAAAUAAAACAGAGGAUGUUAAACAGGAAAAUCAGCGGGCUGAAAUUCCAAGUAAAAACAUUCUUCUACCAGGACAGUUGACUGAAUAUAGACCUGUUACUGAAAACAUACUGCCUAAAGAAAAAGUGCUACUUUUGUCUCCCAAGCAUUUAGCCCUAAAACACUCUCCUGCAGGUGCACAGGCCCUCUCCUCCAGCCCAACCUGCAGCCAGAGUUUGUUAGAGCCUGCCGAUGGUGCCGGAGCUGCUGCAAAUGCAACAAGAACUCAAAAAAUUGGUAGUGGAAACAUCCAAGGUGCAAGUCUGUCAAAAGAAGGACAAUCAGUUUUAAAUCCUAAUCUCACUGCUUCUCAAUCUGCAUCCAUAAAAUGGCGUCAAAGCCUGGGAUUACCUAUUACUGAUGCAAAAAUACGAACUCCAUUCCAGGUUACUUCAUCCAAAAUGAGUGAUACAUCUUUGACAACAAGGCCAUAUCAAACUGUUCAGAAUUUCAAAGUACAAAAUCCAGUUUGGUCCUCUGCAAAGACGAUCACUGCAUCUUUUUCUCGCAGUAAUGAGAUGGGGUUUCACCGCCAUGCUUUGAGCUUUUUAUCAUCUGCUAGACAGCAUCCAGGGCCCUUUACACAAGCACUUGCUUCUGGUCGCAGUUCACAAUUCCCUAUUGAGGAAGAGACUAAGAGCAUGGUGCAUAUAUCUAAAGACAAAAGUGUAUAUGUAGAACUUGAAACAAAUAGAACAAACCAUGUUCAAGUCCGAAGCAGGGACAGAAGUGAGGGCAAGGAAUGUCAAGAUGUGCUAACUGCUAAUACUAGAGAAAGAAAGAGUGGAAAGAUGGAGGAAAAAGAAGUAUGUCCGAAUAUUAAAGAGGAAAACUUUAUAGAUGAGGCAGAUUAUGAGUCAGGAAACGAGAGCAAUCAAGAGAAGAAACAGGGCCUUUCCACAUUGUCUUUAUCAAGUGCCAUUGACCCUGGCUUCACAUUCAAACCCUGCAUAGCUCUUACAACUGAAGAGCGAAGUGAGAGAUUCAGCAGGAGGUGUAUGGAUAACAAAUGCAGGAAGGGAAUAAUUUCUUGGAGAAGUGGGAAUUUACAACAGUCAAUUCAGCAUGUUAAGAGAAAGCUUCAGUUUGUUCCUGUACUGAGGAGAAAGGAAGCAACAAGUCUGCAAAUAUAAAGAGGUUUAUGGACCAAAAUGGCUUGUAUUCUGUUCAAACAUUGUUGGUGAAGUUCAGUUUGUUUAGCCAGUUCAUUCAUUGUAUGUUUUUGAUUCCCACUGCAUGCGUAUUUUCCAGUAAUAAGUUUUAACUUUCAAUUAAAAUCCGUUAUUGUGGGUGACGAGGUGGCUUUCUUUAAUCAGUACCUCAUAUUGUUAACGAAAUUUCUUUUUGAGACAAAACAUGAAUAAAGCUGAAAACCAUGA